UGUCACUUCUUGCAACAUGGGGUCUGCGAGGCGAGUGUGGCGGUGAGUUGGGCGCAGCGGCGACGGAGGACGAGCUCAGGUUCAGGGGGUUUAGGCGCUUCUGUGGCGGGGUUGUGCUGCUGCUGGAGCCUCGGGCUGCUAAAGGCGAGCUGUGCAGGUUUAUAGCGUUGGUUUAGGGAGCGAGGCUGUUGGUUUAAAGGGGACUAGGCUGCUGAAAUACAGGUUAACGAGGAGUGUUUAGGGGGAGAGCAGCAUAUACUCAAUCAGUGACUCACUUAAUAAAGUUUAAGUAAGGCAGGAUAGAUAGGCUAGGUUAUUAUUUAGCUGCUGCUUUAAUCCGCAGCCUGUACGUGUGUGUGUAGGUGUGUGUAGCACAGCUUAACAAUGGCUCGUAGGUGACACACACAUACCCCCUUCUGUAAAGUUGUUGUUGAACAGUUGUAAGCUAGGUUAGCUAGUUAAAUAACCUAGCUAACAACUUGAGUGUUGAGUGUUUUGGAAAACUUGUCUGAAAUUGGUUUUGCAAGUCAGGGAAUGGAUGUAUGUUUGUAGUCAUGAUCAGGAGGAAUCAAACAGCAGAAAAGUCCAGAAACAGCUAAGACUUGCAGUGUAAUCUAGGUUAGCUAACUCUAGCUAGCUAACUAAAUAAACACUGGGCCUUUCACACAGCCCCCCUACUCUAAGUAGCUAACCUAACUAACUAGUUAACUACUUGAGUGUUGAAUGUUUUGGGAAACUUGUCUUAAAGUGGUUUUGCUAGUCAGUGAAUGGAUGCAUAAAUGCAUGUAUAACCAGGAGAAACUCAACACCAGUAACCUCUAGAAACAUUAACUAAGACAUACAGUUAAGUCUAGGAUAACUAACUUAAUAAACACUGGGUCUUUCACACACAGCCCUCUCUACUCUAAUAAGUUAACUACCUAGCAAGUUAACUUAAGCUACUAGUGUUAGUGUUAACUAGUGUUUUGGGGAAACUUGUCUUAAAGUGAUUUUGCUAGUUAGUUAAUGUAUGUAUGUGUGUAUGUAGUUAUGACCAGAAGAAAUUAAACAGCAGAAAAGUCCAGAAACUGUAGCUAAGAAUAGUAGCUUUCAGUGAAGUCUAGGUUAGCUAACUCUAGCUAGUUAAGUAGUUAAAUAAACUAUUCUAACCAAGGAAAACAAGCUAACAUGUUGAUUACUUAAAACAGUUAGUUAAAUUGUUAACUAUCUAGUUAAGGCGCUUACUGAGUGUUUUGGAGAACUUGUCUUAAAGUGGUUUUGCUAGUCAAUAUUAUGUAUGCAUGUAUGUAUGAAUAACCAAAAGGAACUCAACACUAGAAACAUUUAGAAAUCUGAGACAAACAGUAAAGUUUAGUUAGCUAAAGUUGGCCAAAUAAACACUGGACCUUUUACACCCCUUUUAAACACACACACAGCUUUUCUUACUCUACUCUAAGCUAGCUAACUAGUUAGCUAAAGUCUAGUUAGCUUAGUUUAACUUUAGUUAACCUAACUAAAAACACACACACACAGCUCUUCUUACUCUACUCUAAACUAGCUAACUAGUUAGCUAACCUAGCUUAACUGUAGCUACAUAGCUAAAUAACUAACUAAGCUAGCUAGUUAGUUAACUAACUAAUUAAGUGUAGUGUUGAGUUGAGUGUUUUGGGAAACUUUUAAACAUUUAAACACCAGAAACGUCUACAAACAGUAGCUAGUGAAGUCUAGUUAGCUGAAAUUAGCUAACUCGUUAGCUAACCUAGCUUAAGUGUAGCUACAUAGCUAAAUAACUAACUAAGCUAGCUAGGUUAGAUAGCUACCUCCCUUCCUGGCUGACUUGCAGUACCAGCCUGCAGACACCCAUGCCUGUCAGUCACUCUAUCAGUCAGUCAUUAGUCUGAAACGCACUUCGUCCGUGAACUCCCAGCACUCAGCAACUCUGCAGCUCUAAUAGCUACAUUUUCCAGGCGCUUUAUUUUUCUCUUUAUUCUGAAUUUCGUACAAAAACAAUAUGCUGCUCUCCCUGGUGGUGCACACGUACUCGAUGCGGUACUGGUUUCCAGCCGCGGUAAUGCUCGGCACUGCCCCGGCUUACUUUCUGUCCUGGAGCAUGUGGAGAGUCCUGUCCUCCCUCCUACCGACCAGACUCUACCACAGAGUGGACGAUUACAUCUACACCGUCUACCAGAGCAUGGUCCUGUUCUUCUUCGAGAACUACACUGGGGUCGAGAUUAUCAUUUAUGGAGACAUACCAAAGAAAAAGGAGAAUGUCGUCUAUCUUUCCAACCAUCAGUCCACAGCGGAUUGGAUCAUCGCUGAUAUGUUAGCCAUCCGUCAGAGUGCACUUGGACAUGUACGAUACGUCUUAAAGGAUGGUCUGAAAUGGCUUCCUCUGUACGGCUGGUAUUUCUCACAGCAUGGUGGCGUGUAUGUCAAGAGAAGUGCCAGGUUUGAAGAGAAGACCAUGAGAAGGAAACUCCUCUCUCAGACUAAAUUAGGAACACCUAUGUAUCUUGUCAUCUUCCCAGAGGGAACGCGGUACAACCCUGAAUAUAAGGGAGUCAUCAGUGACAGUCAAGCUUUUGCUGCGAAAGAAGGCUUUGCUGUACUGAAACACAUCCUGACGCCAAGAAUGAAAGCAUCGUAUGUAGCCAUACAGAGCAUGAAGGAGCAUCUGGAUGCAGUUUACGACGUCACUGUAGCAUACGAGGGCACGCUUACAGCAGGCGGCCAAAGACGCACUGCCCCUUCAAUGCCAGAGUUCCUCUGUAAAGAAUGCCCCAGGGUACACAUCUACUUCGAACGUGUGGACAUGAGGGAGAUUCCUCAGGAGUCUGUCUUUUUCCGCAGGUGGCUGCAUGAGAGAUUUGAGAUCAAGGACAAGCUGCUCACCACUUUCUAUGAGUCUGAUGAGCCUGAAAAGAAGUGCAGGUUUCCAGGAGAGGGUCGAAUUUCACCGCUCAGCCUCACGAAGACGCUGCCUUCACUGCUGCUGCUGAGUGGCCUCACUUUGCCAAUGCUGUUAACAGAACCAGGUAGAAAACUGUACGUCAGGACCUGGGUCUGUGGGACUCUUUUGGGAUGGUUGUGGGUCAGUAUAAAGCCGUAAGAUAAAGCAGAUCACUGACCUCCUGCCAGCUUAUAUCAGUGUAGAGAGACCUUUUUUACUGUUCAGAUGAUUUCAUCAGGUUCCACCCAACUGUUAUCUCUCAUCAUCUCUUGAGAGUUUGUUUAAAACAAUUAAAAGUGGCCAAAUAGCUCUGUACCUGUAAGGUGUGUUUGCUAGAGGGGAUAAAAAACAACAUUUUCUUUAUCCCCUUUGUCUCUUGACUCAUCACCCAUAUCUUAUUGGGUCUCACACUCCUAAUUUGAUGUGUAGUAGAUGGGAUCUCAUUCCCUAAGCUUAUAUGGAAAGAAAAAUUAUCUUUGUAAAACAAAAAAAGGAGAGGAGAGAAAAUAUUGGUUUAAUACACAUUUUUUUUACUUUUUUUUAUGUUGGCCCUGUUAAUUUUGUGUUAAUCCUUUCUGUAGAGCAUUGUUCAUUUUAUUUGGUCUCUCUCUUUUUCUCUUUUGCAUGAUAAUGAUUGUUCAUUUUACACAUUAUUUUUUGAGUUUUUAAUUGCUUUACUCAGAUUAGAUAUAAAAGGUCUGCUAAAAUGGGCCUGUUAUUGUACUCUUUUGCACAAUUAAUUAAUGUAUUACAGAAUAUUGCCAAACUUGGGAGUCUAUAAAUUAUAACUAUAGAACAGUGUAUUGUUAUAGCAUUUACUAUAUUGAAGUAAAUACUGCAGCAUCCAUGUUUAUUACGUAGAGUAUAAAGGGGCAUUACAGUGUAUUCUGCCUUUUACAGUUAAACUGCUAUCAAACAUACCUCUAAAGCUUUUCAGUUUAGUAUUUUUCACAUUUUUCAAACCGUUAUAUUCAUUGAUUCAGUGCUGUUCAGAUUAUUUAAUGCGUAUUGUGUGUUUAAACUGCAUUUAUCACAUUUUUCAUAAUUGAUAUAUGUGUAAUAAUGAUAAUUACUUCCUGGUGUAAAAAAAAAGUAUUAAAAAAAUUGGGAUUGUAAAUGUUAAAUUGCUAUUCGGAUACAUGCCUUAUUUGGUGCAAUUUGCUCAACUCAGUGUUUUUUUUUUUUUACUCCCAUAACUUUACAUGGACUCCCCCUACUGGGCUGAUCUGUGAUUUUGUUUUAGCAGUAACAUUUAAUAAAUCAUUUAGGAAACAUCCCAUGCCCCAUAUCCACAUUUUUCAGUAAACACUUACUUUAAAGUCUCUUUAAAGGAUGAUGCAUAUUUAUAAUAGGUUGCCAUUUACUGUAUCUACAAAGCUCAUUCUAAUGGGAAUCUGAUUGUUAGUUUUUCAUCAUGAAAAUUGCUUAUAUUUUAUGGUCCAUAUGUAUGGGAAAUUCCAAAAAUACACCCACUUUAAACUAGUAGUGGCAAACUGUGCAUCGACUUAAAUCAACUUAAAACUUUAUUUACUUUGAAAGUAAAGCUUCCCGUCUAACUCUAAACUUCAAUGUUUAAUAACUUUUUUUUUAUUUAAUACAUUGUCAGUUAUAAAUACUACGCAGUGUUUCUCAUUCUCUCAUAUAUGUUUUCCAUUAUGACAGAUUUUGCUCAUUUUGCUCUUUUCAUUGCACUGAAGUAUGAAAUGCUUUUCCUAGAAUUUUUUUCUACAUUUCUGCGUAUUUUGCUUUGAAAACGACUCUACCUGAAAGCCGUCUGUUAUGUUAAGGUGUAUGCAAGACUGCGUUUGGACUGUGUGUGCUUUAUGAUAUAUAUUUUUAUAUUUUUAAACAUCCGUUCCAGAUCAGUGAUUAAUUACACAAAUGCUGCAGAGUAUAACCAGCAUAUCCUUCUGUAUCAUUAAAGUAGAGGAUGAGAAUAAGAACAGUCACCUCAUGUAUGAAACACAGGUUCUAGAAUGUGUGUGUGCUGUGAAGUGGUGUGUGUGUGUGCGGCAUGAAUGCAAAGUUAAAAGUUUUUUUUUUUUGUUUUUUUUCCACUGAUAAGGCACAAUGUUAAGCCGUCGAAUAAAAUAUUUAAAAUUGGCAUCUCUAUUGUAGCAGCUGUUAAAAGAAAAAAAAGUCUUUAAAAGGGCUCAGGUUUUAAACAGUUAUGCAUAGGUUUUGUGGCUCUUACAUGUUUGUGAUUAUCCGUCAUUUCUACUCUUCCCGGCAGUUAAACCGAUUUGCACUGUCCAUCAGCUGUUCAUCAGCUGUUCAUUGUUGGCAGCAGCUGUUCUUUAGCUGUUUCACUGUGGGAUGUGUGUUAUUUUUCUCUGCCCAACUGCAGACUGUUCCGUUAAAAUGAAUAUUCAGGUCUACUCCAAAUCCUAAACACAUACUGUAACUGUAACUGUGUUCAUUAAUAGGAAGAAAGUUUAUGAGCGUUCUGAUAUAAACGGAUCAUCUGGCACAAACCUGUAAAACCAGUCUAGUAUUUAAUUGGUUGUAUGUUUUAAUUGGUAAAUAAAGUGUACAACUUUUAAAUUAGCUCUCAUUGAAAAACUUCCAAAUCUGUUUUAUUUAAUCCAAAGAAUUAGUUUAUUUAUUUUCUGGCUUUUUUCCUGAAACAGUGAAGAAUCUACACUUUACUUUAAUAUUCUCUGUUUCUGGAAGCAGUCUAGAUUUUUUUUUUUUUCUCCAUGAUUUUUUUUUUUUUUUACAAAAUUAUAGUAAUAAUAAUAAAAAAAAUAUAUAAUAAUGAUAAUAAUAGAUUUUGAGUCAGUGCACUUCAGUGGGCCUUUGGUCUCAUUAGAGGCUGGUUGGUUCUUUAUUUAUAAGCAUGUUGGUUUAUUUGUUUGUUUUCUUUUUUUUUUUUUAUUAGUUUAUUUAAAUUAAUGCCUUUCCUACAGAACAGAUUGUGCUGCUGUUUAAAAAUUAGCUAUUAAAUUGAGACCGGCAGAUCAGAUGAAAAUCUAUAAUAAUAAAUAAUGUAUAAUUGCAGGACCUGCUAUUUUGAUUUUGUAUUCUAAAUGAUUUGUGUUUUUUACACCUACAUUGGAAUGCAUUUGGAAUUUUCUGGAAACUGAACUCUCACAUAUUUGUAAGAGUUAAAAUUCAGUUUCAGCACAGAAAGCAUUUAUAAGUUGAAUAUUAUAUCAAUAAAUCUGAAUUGAUUGAAAUGUGGAUUAUACAUAGGAAAUGUAAUUUGUAAUUUGUGCACACACCAUUUCAUGAAUUGCACUGAGCACCUUCUUUACUUGUAUUAACUGUCUGUUCAAACUGAAGACGGAGGCCUUUACGUCGUUCCUGUGGUGUGUCUCUCCGUGUGAUUGAUGUGUGACACAGAGUGUUUGUUUGUGACAGUCACUGAAUAUGGUGCUGAAUUUAUGCCUGAUUUUGAGAUAUUUGUUGCAGCAGUGUUACUGAAAUAGCCAUAUUAAUGUAAAACAACUCAACACAUAUCAGACUGUCAGAGUCGGCUAAAGGCCAUAUAAAUGUAUGUUCUUUUUCUGCUUUUACCAAUAAAACCAUGCAAUAAAUUGA